CACCAAUCUGGAUGAUCGAAAUGAACGCCCGGCUGUGACCAGGCUGACUUUCCUAGUUGGGCGCCCAAGUUCUCACUUACAUGCAUGUCUUCAUGCUGAAGGUAGCACCUUAAAAAUCGGGAUCCCAAACGAUACUACAGCAAACGAGGAACAAGUGACUGACUUGCGUAUCUUUGUAUACGAACCCACAUACGCUUUUAACCGGCAAAACACCAAACAUGGCGUUACCACGUCAUGCAGCGCGGCCCUUGGCUAUGUGUCGGCAGUUCGCUAGAAAGCAUUCCACUUUUCACUCUACUCACAGACAAAGGCAGUUGUCGACAUAUCUAUCACUUGCAGGCUCCCGUCCACAAUCUGUUCAGCUCGUCAAGCCGUUUACACAACAUCGGGCAUCUUUGCAAUCAAGACUGGCGACGGUGGUAGCACAACACAAUGGACCGUCGAGGUCACUUCCCGAGUACAAGCCACCCACUACUGGCUUCCUAUCUUACCUGCCUCAAAAAGCCGUUCCAUAUGGUGAGCUGAUGAGGUUGCACAACCCGGUCGGCACAUAUUACCUCUUCUUUCCUUGCAUGUUCAGCACACUCCUCGCUGCAACUAUGGCGACCCCCCUUGCUGCACCAUCCGCCGUCAUCAGUACAACCGCCCUUUUCUUCACAGGAGCUCUUGUUAUGAGAGGUGCUGGCUGUACUAUCAAUGACCUUUGGGACCGAAACCUUGAUCCACAUGUCGAACGAACGCGGUUACGUCCACUUGCUAGACGAGCAAUUACACCUCAGCAGGCUAUUGUCUUCCUUGGGGGACAGCUUACAACGGGUCUGGCUGUCCUCCUGUCGCUACCCUUCGAGUGCUUCUGGUACGCGACACCGUCCCUUGUAUUGGUCACUCUUUAUCCUCUAGCGAAAAGAGUAACCUACUAUCCUCAAUUCGUUCUCGGACUCACCUUCUCCUGGGGUGCGAUGAUGGGUUUCCCAGCUCUUGGAGUCGACCUACUGGCGAACCAAGCAGCACUUACAGCGGCAGCUUGCCUCUACGCUAGUAACGUCGCAUGGACCAUUCUGUACGAUAUGAUUUACGCACACAUGGACAUAAAGGAUGAUGCCAAAGCUGGCAUCAAGAGCAUCGCGCUCAAGCACGAAAAGGAAACAAAAGUGGUCUUGUCGGGUCUCGCUGUUGUCCAGCUUGGCUUACUAUCCGCUACAGGAGUCGCGGCAGGGUUAGGGCCUGUCUUCUUUGUCGGAACUGUUGGGGGAGCCGCAGCCACAUUGGGCACCAUGAUUCGACGAGUGAAGCUGAAGGAGGUCAAGAACUGUUGGUGGUGGUUCGUGAAUGGUGCAUGGUUCACUGGCGGUGCCAUCAGCCUGGGCCUGGCUGGAGAGUAUGCCGCGCAUCUUUUCGGCUGGUACGGCGAUGUGGAAGAGGGUGGAGACGAUUGGAGGUCUGUUGCUGCUUGAAAUUAUACAUGUAUAUUGGUGAUAUUGUACAUAUCCUCAUGUACUAUGACAGCAAAGUGAUAUUUCUACAUGGUGGCGCUGUUGGGCGUUCCUGCCAAGGCUGUGGUUCUGCCACUGGAGCCCGCCCAGUGACAGCAUAGGUAGCUUCCCCAACACCCACCUCUAGCUUGCGCAACACCCCCGUAAGUCUCCGCUGUAUCCCCGUCGUACCUUGGGAGUCGCUCUGUCCUGCUCCGCAUACAACUGAGCUAUCCUGUAGCACGUGUUGCGCGCACAAAGAUACAACCGCGCCGCUGCAAUGGCUUCGCGACUGGUGCUGGUCCUGGGCGACCUCUUCAUACCAGACCGAGCUUCAG